UUUUACAUGAUCCUAUACCUGAAGAUGCGCCUAUACCAAAACCUUUUUUUUUUUCUUUUUUUUUUUUCUCGACUUAUUCUACUAUGAUUCAUCAAACGAUGCCAAAAAAAUCUUUAUGCGACGAUAAAAUUGUUCAACAAUUACUAAGAAAAUUAGAUGAGGGCACACACACUAUCAUCAAUCUACGUUCCUUAUUGACCUGUAAAUCAGCAGAACUGAACGAACUUGUCCGUCAACUCGAACUCAUAGACCAAGCAUUAACCAGUGUAGAGAAUGGUACAGAAUAUAUUGAAGUUGUGCUGCAAGAUACGUGUUCGUCAGAUAAGCUGUUAGAUGCUGAAGCUGCACUUGAUUCUGCCAUACAGUCCGCCUCUCGUCUCUGUCUGAUUGAUCAUUAUUGUCAUCAACAACAAGACUCUGCUAAACGACAAAAACUGCUGUCUAAAAUGGACCGACUCUUAAAAGACUUGGAUAUUAUCCAUGAAAAGCAGAAAUACAUGCAUGAUGAUAUAGGUGUGCUACAGAAGGCUUACAAAAACUUGGAUUUAGCAAGCACAGUUGCCACUUCAAUCAAAACCAGUUUUAACCACCGCCAACAAUUACUCAAGCGAAGAAAUCCACCUCUAGAUAGAAUCAAACAGAUUGAUAAUGAAAUAAAACGACAACUUGUAUCCUAUAAACUGUACACUAGAAAUGCCCCUCUAUAUAUAAACCAACAAGAUAUUGAUACCCUAUUAGAGCUUGAAGAUAAAAAAAUGGUGGAUCGAUUACUCUCACUAGGCAAUGCUUCGUUUAACAAAGUGUUGCGCACUAAAGUCUCACAUCGAAAUCUUUCUUCCAUGGAUACUUUUGGAAAUAUGAAAGGACCACAAAGGGCGGGAAUUACCUCCUCUUAGCAACAUGUCUUUCACUGACAGUCUAUGUCUUUGCUUUCUUUUGAUUAAAAAGUCGAUGUAUAUAACUACUUUCUUUAAUGCUUUACCUAUGGCUACUGAGUUUUGGAUUAAAAGUAGUCCUUCAGAUUGAAUGCAGUGUUCCCACUAUGAAAAUAUUGCACAACGAAUGAGUCCCUCUCUCUCGAUUCUGACAUAUCCUAGCCCAAAGCAAUAGAAUAAAGAUCAUAUGCAAAGAAAAAAGAAAAACGUGUUACAAAG